GAAAUCUGCAAAUCGGAAAACAAAGGUCAAACACUCUCUCUCUCACACAAACACACACAUUGACUAUAUCUAAUUGAAGCUUCAAUCACCUCCCAAUUCUUCAAUGGGGUGUGUUUUUCCGCCGUAAAGCUCCGAUCUUUACCACCAAAACGAAAUGGGCCUCCCCCAUUCCCCUCCGCCGCCGCUCCUCCUACUCCUCCUCCUUCCUCUCCUCGCCUCCGCCGCCGACAUCCCUCUAAACUCCACCCUCUACGCCUCCGACCCCAAUUCAAAAUGGACCUCCUCCAACAACACCUUCACCAUCUCCUUCCUCCCCUCCCCCUCCUCCGCCGCCGCCGAUUCCCUCAUCGCCGCCGUCUCCUUCAACUCCAUCCCCGUCUGGCAAGCCGGCCCCGCCGCCCCCUCCUCCGCCGUCCUCCGCCUCCUCCCCUCCGGCGACCUCCAGCUCCUCCCCUCCGCGGCCUCCUCCUCCCCAAUCUGGUCAUCCUCCACCGCCUCCCUUAACGUCUCCGCCGCGGAGCUUCUUGAUUCCGGCAAUUUCAUCCUCAAAAACUCCUCCGGCGCCGCCGUCUGGGCCUCCUUCGACCGCCCCACCGAUACCCUCCUCCCCAAUCAGCAAUUCACCGCCAAUCACACCCUCACAUCAGGUCUUUACACAUUCAAGAUUAUGCAAAAUGGGAACUUGACGCUUUUGUGGAACAAUUCCGUGACUUAUUACAACUCAGGUUUGAAUUCCACCGCCAAUUCAACUUUGCUAAACCCAAUUCUUGAAAUUCAGCCAACUGGGAUCCUCACCCUCUCUGAUGUUUCACUCACUAGCGAUCUUGAUUUGGCUUACAGUAGUGAUUAUGCAGAGGAAAGCAAUGUAAUUAGGAUUGUGAGAUUGGAUAAUGAUGGGAAUUUGAGGAUUCAUAGCUUUGUUCAAGGUAGUAUUGGGGUUUUAGCUACUGGUUGGGCUGCUGUGAGUGAUCAAUGUCAGGUUUAUGGAUUCUGUGGGAAUAAUGGGAUUUGUAGCUACAAUGAUACUUCCCCAAUUUGUGGAUGUGCUUCACUUAAUUUUGAGCUAAUUGAUGCUAGUGAUAGUAGGAGUGGUUGUAGGAGAAAGGUUGAGCUUCAAGAUUGCCCUGGUCAGGUGGCUAUGCUGCCGUUGGAUCAUACCGAGUUCUUAACCUUCGAUCCUGAGCUGGAAUCGCAGGUUUUCUACAUGGGAAAUCAGCCUUGUAACCUGAAUUGUUUGAAUGGGGCUUCUUGUGUUGCUUCUACCUCUUUAUCUGAUGGAUCAGGGCAGUGUUUCUUGAAGACGAGCAGCUUCGUGAGUGGCUUUCACACCCCGGCUAUUCCAAGCACUUCGUAUGUGAAAGUUUGCGCGCCUGUGCUGCCUAAUCCCUCAGCUGGUUCGGGGAGUGGUGGGGUGAGGAGUAAGUGGAGGUUGAAGGCGUGGGUGGUUGUGGCAGCCGUGUUGGCCACGUUGUUCGCGUUGGCACUUGUUGAAGGUGGUUUGUGGUGGUGGUGUGUUCGGAACAACAAUAAGUUUAGUGCGUUGUCGUCUCAGUACGCGCUCCUUGAGUAUGCAUCGGGUGCACCGGUGCAGUUCUCGUAUAGGGAGUUGCAGAAGGCGACCAAGGGGUUCAAGGAGAAGCUCGGGGCGGGAGGGUUUGGGACCGUGUAUAAAGGGGUUCUUGCUAACCGGACCGUGGCUGCGGUGAAGCAGCUGGAGGGGAUCGAGCAAGGCGAGAAGCAGUUCCGGAUGGAGGUGGCCACCAUCAGCAGCACUCACCACUUGAAUCUGGUGAGACUGAUUGGAUUUUGCUCGGAAGGGAAGCAUCGGUUGCUGGUGUACGAGUUCAUGAAAAACGGCUCGCUCGAUAGCAUCCUAUUCGCCUCCUCCGAGGAGCAGUCGGGGAAGCAUCUGAAUUGGGAGAAUCGGUUCAACAUAGCCCUAGGUACGGCGAGAGGGAUCACGUACCUCCAUGAGGAAUGCCGGGAUUGCAUCGUUCACUGUGAUAUCAAGCCGGAGAAUAUCCUCUUAGACGAGAACUACUGCGCGAAGGUUUCUGAUUUUGGCCUUGCAAAGCUCGUUAACCCGAAGGAUCACCGUUAUCGAACCCUAACUAGCGUGAGAGGCACGCGAGGCUACUUGGCUCCGGAGUGGCUUGCCAACCUCCCCAUCACCUCCAAAUCCGACGUGUACAGCUACGGAAUGGUGUUGCUCGAGAUCGUGAGCGGGAAGAGGAACUUCGAGGUCUCUGCAGAGACGAACCACAAGAAGUUCUCUCUGUGGGCUUACGAGGAGUUCGAGAAGGGAAACAUCGAGGCAGUCGUGGACAAGCGACUCUUGGAUCACGAGAUCGACAUGGAACAGGCGAGGAGGGCGGUCAUUGUGAGUUUCUGGUGCAUCCAAGAACAGCCAUCGCAGCGGCCGAUGAUGGGGAAAGUCGUGCAGAUGUUGGAAGGGAUCAUGGAGAUCGAACGGCCCCCGGCACCUAAGGCUGCUUCGGAGGGAUCCGUUGGUGGCACCAGUGUCACAGCGAGCAGCGUUAGCGCGUUCUCUACUUUCGCAGCUUCGAUACCGGUGCCCUCUUCGUCGUCGUCGAUGCGGACCCCGGGAGUGUCGUCUUUCGCCUCCGGGAAGAACGGCGAACGGGGCAGUUCGUCGUUGUUGACGUCUGAGACGAAGUGAGCUAUUUGCCUAGAGAGGAAAACAGCGAGAUGAUGUUUUUCCUUUGAUAGGUCAAAACAGAGUAGUACAUAAUUGUAUGUGCUUUUUUCUCUUCUAUUGUGAUGAGUUCUUGAUUUAUUUUGUGUUUGAAAUUGAAUAGGACUGGAACAAUUAUAUUUGGAAAAAAAAUUGUAAUUAUUGUUAUACAGCUUUAUAUGUGUAGUUCAUUUUUUCUUGAA